AUGGCCUCUCCCCACAGCCGUGAUCGCGAUGUUCUUGCGCGCCAUAAUCCACCCCAGUCGCCGCUUGGGCGUGCUCGAGAAGUCAGUUAUGAAUUCGACCUCGACGAUUCGAACUUUCCUACUCCGUCAAAGCGCAACGCAACGCGUAUAAAACCAGCUUUCCGCACAGGAACCCUGGCUGGGGCCUACCGCGCUACUUCACGCGCCAGCAUGUCCGACGAUGGUGCCGGACUCGGACUGAUGAGCAGUCCGCGGCGUCACCACGAGUACAAAACUGCGCGCUCCCCUCCGUCUGAUCAUUUCAACUUCCCUGAUGAGUCGCUCGAUAUCUAUAAAAGGACGGACUAUAAUAGAUCAGCGACCGAUUACGCACCGCUGGACGACUGGGAGACUCAUCUUGACACGCACCCGAUCGACCGACUGGGCCGAAUGUCUCCUCGAGUGAGGGGACAUGAUGUGGAUGGUCCUGCCUUCUCAGAAGCAAGCUUUGGAAAUGAGAAUUCACCUCGUAGGAGGACCUCUGACUUUGCUAGAGAUGAGCAACGACUACGACGAGUGACGGGUCAGGACAUGCCGGUCUUCAGUAAAGCUAAGGUUGGAGCCCGCAAUGCUCUGACGGCUGACAACCUUCAACGCAGGGAAGAUGAAGAACAAUUGGAAACUUUUGAGAAUGAGAGUGAGGGCGGCCCGUCGCUGAACCUACCACGCACCUGGGGAAGUCGAGCUGGCCAUCGCUCGGAGUGGUUACGGAAUGUGAGCGCAAGCACGACCUCGGACCCUCAAUGGAUCAAGGAGGCAGAAGGACGCCCUGAGCCAAUUUCACGGACAAGCUUCAAUAUUGAGGACGAUGUCGCUCCCCCUCAACUCAUUUCGCAGAAUGCUUCGAAACCCAGUUUUCCGAGCCGCAGCACCCUCGGCAAGCGCACGGCAAGUCUCCUGUCUCAAGACGAGAUUCAGGAGGGAGAGAAAAGUCAAGUCGAUAACUAUCAAGACGCGUCACAAGAUGCAGGUGUACAUGUGCCAAAUACGCCUAUUGUUGUCUACAAGAACUCAAGCUUCGGUGGGUCAAAUGCUGGGGCGCGGGGUGGCAGAGACUCACAAUCAUUGCUCCGGAAGCUCGCACGCACAGAAAGCCCGAAGGUGGAACAGAUACAGACACCGGAGCCACCUAAACUUUUCGAAAGACGAAUUUACGAUAAGACGCCCAGAGUGACAGGUGCUUGGAUUGACACACCGGUGGCCGAAAAGGUGGCCGAAAUACCUCACGAGUUGACGAAAGAUAUCGUGCGACCAUCUGACCUCAGUGCGCCCACACAAACUACCCAAUCCCCAUCUCUUGAACAAAGAGAAACCGAACAAUAUUCGACGCAGCAACAUUCAUCGCUAGAAUCCCAAUUGAAAAAGGAGGAUCUCAAACCCAUAACAGAAGCACCCAAACAACCAGUUUCAACACGGCUGGAGUCCAAUACUACAUCGCAGAAAUCAAGGGGUGACAAGGCCUUGGUCAGUCGCCCAAAUCUGCCUAAAAGUGGACUUCAAACAGUCAUCGAGGAAAUGAACUCUGGAAAAGAGGGCCUUGACCUCGGAGACGAUACCAUGGAAUCAUUGCAAGCAAUUAUGGAAGAUCAAUCCGAGCUCAAAAGCGAAGAGGCCGAGGAAGUUGCUUAUGAACAGGAAGUUCUGAAGAGACUUGAAGUCGCGAAUAAGAACGGUCAGGGCUCUGUGGAUAUCGAGCGCUUGAACGACAAACUGCAUUCGUUGGCAAAGAACAUCAAUGAGGUGAAGAAAGGAUUGAAUAGUCUCGAAGAGCACGUCACUCGGGAUGCAGCCAUGGUGCCUCGUUCGAAUUCUUCUCAAAAAGCGGAGUCGCUUCCACCAUCCUUGCAUCUCACUGAAGUUCCUGACCGAUACGCGCAUGAGGAUGGCCGAAUAUAUGCAUCACUCCCGAUACCCCGGCUAUGGAAGAGUUUUCACAAUCCUGAGCGUCGGCGACUCACCAAGCUGGGCUGGGCAAUCAUUUCCAUCCUUUCGUGGUACAUCAUUGAACUUAUGAUGUGGGAUCGGUAUUCGCAUCCACUGAUCGCCGAAACAUGCGAAGGCUACUGUCUUCGGCCAGACGCGCCCGAUUUCCCAUUUGUGACGGUAACCAUGCUCUGGCGGUGGUCUCACCUGCAAAGUCUCUUGACACCGACCAUCACUAUAUCACUAGCGUUUUGCAAACUCCUUGCACAAUUAAUGGGUCUAUGGGAUGGCUAUGUGGAGGAGCCGCCACAGCUGAGCAACAUCGUUGGUGAAAUCCGUGUGAACGGGACGCCAGUUUCUUUUCCGUGGUUGACUUCCCCCGGCCAGACGGUAGCGCCGCACCCAACUUCUACGACAGUAGAGUCAGUGUGGACGCCGCGCAAUGAAGCUCCAGUCAGUCAGACACCUGCUCCCUGGCUUGAUGACCAGGUCUCGAUGGACGAAGAUGAAUAUCUUUGA